UGGCUGGGUAACACCCUUCGACACUUCUGUCACCAAUUCCCGACAGUGCAGGUAUCGCACUCCACAGCAAAGCACGCCAAAAUGAUAAUGCUGGCCGUUCCGCACGAUGCUUGUGGGAGAGGAGUCUUCUGCUUCGCUGCAAUUCACCUCCUUACACCACUUGCGCCAACAUGACGGUUCAGGCCGUGUUGCCUCUAUUGGAGACAUCUAUCAUCUCAAUCCGCAAUGUACUGGCGUUCGUUGGUCUCUGGCUGGCAUACCAUCUACUCAAGACCAUCUACAAUGUGUCACCUUUGCACCCGCUGAGUCGCAUUCCCGGGCCCAAGCUAGCAGCAGCAACCUACUGGCCGGAAUUCUAUUAUGAUGUUGUCAAAUUCGGAUGCUACACCAAAGAGAUUAGGAAGAUGCAUGAGAAAUAUGGUCCCAUUGUUCGCAUCAGCCCUCAUGAAGUGCACUGCAACGACAUCUCUUUCGCAGAUGAGAUCUACGCUGUUGGCGGGCGCAAACGCGACAAGCCAGUUCACCAAAUCAACGGCUCAGCACUGGGACAAGCUGGAUUCGGAACAGCAGAUCAUGACCUACAUCGAGUACGCCGAAUCCCCGUGGCCAAGUUCUUCUCGCGCGGUAUGAUCGCAAGACUGGAACCUGAGAUCCAGAAUCUGGCGCAAAAGCUCUGCGAUAAGCUGCUCAGGGAGUCAGGCCGUCAACCAUUCGACGUUACUAUGGCGUACAGUUGCUUCACCUCUGAUGCGAUCUCCGGCUACAGCUUCGGUGAGAGCUUCGGAUUCCUUGAUCAAGAAGGCUGGUACCCCAACUUCCGCGAACCGCUGGCUUCCAUCUUGAGACCUGUCUUCAUUUUCCGAUUCUUCCCUUGGACCAAAGCCAGCGCUGGACUUGGCAAAUACCUGGUCGACUACAUGCCGCCAAGUUCCGCUCUCAUGGUUCGCACGCUGCAAAUUGAUCUCCCUGAGAAGAUGAGGAAGGCCAAGGCUGAUAUUGAAGCGGGUAUCAAGUAUGACCGACCGACUGUAUUUGGUACUAUUCUGGAAUCAGAUCUGGUGUCGUUGGAAAAAGAGCCACAGAGGUUGGCCGAUGAAGCCGCCGGGGUCAUUGGAGCUGGCACAGAGACCACGAGUUGGGCAAUGGCGGUUAUCACAUAUCACCUCUUGACCAAGCCGGAACUUCUCACCAAGCUCAGGAAUGAACUGCAAUCAGUUGUGAAAGACCCAAAACAGCUACCUGCGUGGACUGAACUUGAGACCCUCCCAUACCUGGGAGCGGUUAUUCAGGAGGGUCUGAGGCUAUCGUACGGUGUAUCAGCUCGAACAGCCCGUGUGCCAACUGAAGAGAACCUGGUCUUCCGUGGAGAAUGGGACAAGCGGCCGGUCGAGUACAUCAUUCCGCAAGGCUAUGCGGUGGGUAUGUCGGCUGCCAUUACUCACCACGACGAGAAGGCUUUCCCCGACUCUUAUGCCUUCAUUCCUGAGCGCUGGCUGGAUGGGAACAACCAACGAAGGAAAGAUGUGGAGCGUAGCAUGCUCGCUUUCUCGAAGGGUAGCCGCUCCUGCCUCGGCAUGAAUCUCGCAUUGUGCGAGCUCAACUUGAGUCUGACGGCAUUGGCCUUGCGUGUUCUACCUCAGAUGCACUUGUCCGAUACGACAGCUGAAGAUCUUGCGUACGAUCACGACAUGUUCAUCCCCAUGACCAAAGACAACAGAGGCGUGCGAGUGACGAUAGACUAGACUGAGGAUAUUAAGGUACUCCACUGGAAGCGCGCAACUUAGGCGACCUCCACAACAUACCGAACAAUCAACAAAGUGAUGACAAUGGCCG